AACAGAUGAAAAUAACUGCAAUCCACAUCUACCAGAUGCGUCGAGAGCCACAGAAGGACACGUCGAUGUAAACAAUGCUGCUCGACCUCUGACGCACAUUUAGUCUUAUUUCUUGUUAGUUUUGAGUGUGUGGAGGUUGCUGCUGCUUCUUUGGUUGUAGACUAGAGGCCCAAGCAUCACAAUGGGCGACAUUCAGCAGUGGUUCAGCAGCCUACCCCCCAUGACCAGGACUUGGUUUGGGGGGACGAUAGCUUUGUCAUUAUUAGGGCGAUUCAACAUGCCAAGUCCCUACUGGCUUGUACUGGAUUACAGUGCUGUGGUGCAUGGCUUCCAGAUAUGGAGGCUUGCAACGUGUGUGUUUUUUUACUCCGUACAAAGAGGGUUUCAUUUCCUCAUAAAUUUAUACUUCCUUUACAAUUAUUCACUGCGUCUUGAAACAGGCCUGUUUGCACGAAGACCAGCAGACUAUCUGUUCAUGCUUUUGUUCAUUUGGGUCUGCUCCCUUAUUGUUGGACUGCUAGGAAGUAUGUACAUGUUGAUGGACCCCAUGGUGAUGGCUGUUCUUUAUGUAUGGUGCCAGCUGAACAAAGAUACCAUCGUGUCCUUCUGGUUCGGCACGCAGUUCAAAGCUAUGUACCUCCCGUGGGUGCUUCUUGCAUUUAAUGUCAUCAUGGGAAAUGGAGGCAUGGUAGACCUUUCAGGCAUUCUGAUUGGUCACCUGUACUUCUUCCUGACCUUCAAGUACCCACAGGACUUUGGUGGUGUCUCCCUCCUACAGACUCCACAGAUCCUAUACCACUAUUUCCCGAAUGCACGAGGAGGCGAGUCUGGAUUUGGCCGUCCCCCACCUGCCCCUAGAGCUGGUGGGGAUGAUGCCGCUGGAGGGGGUGGAGGCGGAGGUGGAGGCUUUUUCCGAGGCCAGGGCCACACGCUCCGUUGAGAUGACAACCUGUGUUCAUUUCACGUUCUCGUGAUGUUUGUUUUAUUAUUGGAGUAUUCCUUUUUUCUUUUUUUUCAUGUUUCUUUUUCCUUUUUCUUUUUGUCAUUUUUUUUCUUUUUCUUCUUUCUUUCUUUCUUUUUUUUUCUUUUUCUUUUUUUAUACAAGUCUAAAAGUAUUUUACAAAUCUUUCAUUUGAUUAGGAUAGCUGUUUAUUUACAACUAAAGGAUAGGUUUACUUGGAGUACAUUUCCGAAAGUACUUGAUUUGUGUUGAGCUAUUUAUUUCUGAGCUUAUCUAUAAUUUUUCAUGUAAAUAUUUUCUUUAUUUCUUUAUUUCUUUUGUUGGAUAUCCAUUUUUCUCAAGCUGAUUGGGGAAACGUUUGUAACAUCGGUGUUUUGAUGCACAUUUCUCAGAAUAUAUUGCUGCUGAGUGGCUGAACGGAUGAUAAUUAAAUUUCACAAAUGGUUUUGCACUAAAUCCUGAGAUUGAAGUUAUGCUGUAUAUAUAUUUAUACAACUGACUAUAAAAAGAAAAGGAAAAAAUCUUUGUCAAAUUUUUUUUCUGUGAAAAAUUGUAUACCAUGUGUUGCACUCAUCAGUGAUAUGAUAAUAUAAUAAUCCUUGAUGUAAUGAUUGAUUUUUGAUAUGAAUCAGUCAUUUUGUCAUUACAGUAUGUGUAUUAAUUUUACAAUGCAUAUCCCAUGUAAAUAAAAGUGUUUUGGAAAU